AUGUCUCCCCCAAUUGCCACCUUCAAUGAAUUUGAUGGCUACACCAGAACCAAAGACCUAAAGGGCGCCUUGUUAGCCAAAAAUGCUACUCUCAAUGGUCGAGACAACCAUACCAAGCUCCUUGAUGACUUUGGUGGAAAAUGGGACUCGUUCAAAUUUGCUCCCAUUCGAGAGUCGCAGGUCUCUCGCGCGAUGACCAAGCGCUAUUUCGGCGACCUCGACAACUACGCGGAAUCAGACGUUGUCAUCGUCGGUGCAGGCUCUUGCGGCCUUUCCGCCGCCUACACUCUUGGUUCAGCACGACCAGAUCUCAAGAUUGCAAUCAUCGAAGCUUCCGUCUCACCCGGUGGUGGAUGCUGGCUCGGUGGUCAACUUUUCUCCGCCAUGGUACUGCGAAAACCUGCAGAGGAAUUUUUGAAUGACAUUGGCGUUCCCUAUGAGGAUGAGGGCAACUAUGUUGUCGUCAAGCAUGCUGCCUUGUUCAUGAGCACCCUCAUGAGCAAAGUCCUUGCUCUUCCAAAUGUCAAGCUUUUCAAUGCCACCUGCGUGGAGGAUUUGAUCACUCGUCCCACAGCAGAUGGAGGUAUCCGCGUAGUUGGAGUUGUCACGAACUGGACUCUCGUGACCCUACACCAUGACAACCACAGUUGCAUGGAUCCCAAUACCAUUAACGCACCACUUGUCAUUUCUACAACUGGCCAUGAUGGACCAUUUGGUGCAUUCUGCGCUAAACGUCUCGUGAGCAUGAACGCCAUCGAGAAAUUGGGUGGUAUGCGUGCACUCGACAUGAACAGCGCAGAAGAUGCGAUCGUCAAAGGUACCCGCGAGGUCUCUCCCGGGAUCAUUAUCGGCGGAAUGGAGCUGUCGGAAUAUGAUGGAGCCAAUCGUAUGGGUCCGACUUUUGGUGCCAUGGUCUUGAGUGGUGUCAAGGCAGCAGAGGAAGCUCUCAAGGUCUACGACACUAGAAAGGCUGAAUGUGCCGAAUAG